CCUGCCAGCGCCUCCCCCUCCCUCUUCGCCUGCAGGUUCGCUCACACCAUGACACCCUCCAUCAGCGCUGUUGCUCGGAUCGCCUCCCUCGCCUCGGACGCAGUCAUCAACUCUGCCUCAGUCCCGCCUUCCGUCUCACCCUUCGCCCCCGCCCUCUCCUCCACCGCCGUCCACCACAUUCCCUUCGGCGCGGACCCCGGCGCAGCACUCCUCCAGCAGCAUGCCCACAACACCAGCAACGGUGCAAAGUCCGGGCUGGUCUCCUUCACCACUGUCUCCCAUAGGCGUGUGUUGCAUCCCCUCAUCCCCCACCUGGCCGAGCUCUCGGCAACGGCCACCGUCCUCCAUGUCGCCAUCCCGGCUGGCGACGACCUCUCCGACGUCCUCGUCCUCAGGGCGUCCGUGCCGUUCUGCAUCUACUCCCGCACCGCCCAGCACGCGCACGACCACGCACUCCUCGCCAGUCGGUUAGCACGGACCGAAGCAAAGGCCGUGCUGCACAUCUUCUACGUCGGCACAGAGUCGGACGAGCUCAGCGAGCUCACUGCCGACCAGGUCGAGUCGUAUCUCUCUGCCCCGCCGCUCUCUGCCAACGGGCAUGCGAACGGCCACGCAAAUGGCCACGCAAACGGCGACGUCAAGUCUGAUGGCAAGGACGACUCUGCUCAGUUGCUGAGGGCCUUCCAUGCUGCCUCUGCAACUGCCGUGUCCCUUCUGCGCCGGCCUCUCCGCGCGCUGACCACUCGCGGCGCUGAGGAGCCCCACACCGUCCUGGUUACUCUCGCUCCCCUCCCAACAACUCUGGACCUGGACGGUGUCUCAUUCGUAGAUGUCAACCUGCUCAAGCCGCUUGCCCCCGCAAACCUCGCGCACGCAAUCCCCUCGUCAGCAGUACGCGUCCUCGUCUGCGAGCACGUCCGCCGGUGGAACGUCAAGUGGACGCCGCUGUUCCUCGAGGUCGUGAGCGCGCUGCAGGGCGAGGAGUCGCCGGAGCGGGAGACGCGGCCGGCCGUGCAGAGCGUGCUCGUGCGCGACGCGACGCAGCUCACGCCAUCUGACGUCGACCAGCUUCUCCAGCAGCCCGCGGACGCCCCGGCCCGGCUGACGCUCGGCCCCUCCGCGUCCUCGUCCGCGCAGACCGCGCCGCCGCACGUCCCCAAGCACGAGGCGUCGUACACGAAGCUGCUCGACACCCUCUUCGGCGCCCGCCUCGACGUCGCAAACGACCCCGCGCGCGUCGCCCAGCUCGGCGCGGUCGCGACGACCCCCGAGUUCACCCUCGGACGCGUGCGGGGCGAGCUCGAGGCGCUCGCGAAGCUCGAGGAGGACGUGAAGCAGGCCAUGCGCCAGCCCGACCUCCCCGGCGACCUCCACCAGCUCCUCGGCGCGUGGCUCCAGGCUGCGAAGGGCAGCAGCGCGCCCGCCACCGACGACGCCGCCGCCCGCCUCGCUCAGGCGCUCGAGGAGCACGCACCCGCCCUCAAGAGCGCAGCUGCCCGCCGUGUCUACGCCGCACGCUCGUUGCUGUCCUCCGACGCGCGCACCAAGUCGCGCUGGAUCAUCGGCAGCGACGCGUGGGCGUACGACCUCGGCGCGUCGGGCCUGCACCACGCCAUCGCGUCCGGGCUCAACGUGAACGUCCUCCUCCUCGACUCGACGCCCUACAGCACGCGCACCGCCGCGUCCCGUCGCAAGCAGGAUGUCGGUCUCUACGCCAUGAACCACGGCGACGUCUACGUGGCCAGUGUCGCGCUCUACUCGUCCUACGCACAGGUCCUCCAGGCGCUGGUCGAGGCGGACCGCCACCCGGGCCCCUCAGUCGUGCUCGCUUACCUGCCAUACACCACCGAGGACUCGCCGGCGCUCGACAUCCUCAAGGAGACGAAGCGCGCCGUCGACGCGGGCUACUGGCCGCUCUACCGCUGGAACCCGUCCAAGGAGGGCGACGCCGCGUUCACGCUCGACAGCGACGCGAUCAAGAACGAGCUCCGCGCGUUCCUCGACAGGCAGAACCACCUCUCGCAGCUCGUCGCCGCCCACCCGCAGCUCCCCGCCGAGCUCGUCGGCUCCCUCGGCGAGCAGCUGCGCGCCGCCCGCAAGGCGCGCGCGCAGAAGGCGUACGCCGAGCUCCUCACCGCGAUCGACGCGCCCCCGCUCGCCGUCCUCUACGCCAGCGACGGCGGCAGGGCGGAGAAGCUCGCGAAGCGGCUCGCCGCGCGCGCGAAGAUCCGCGGCCUCGUCGCGAGCGUCGCGCCGAUGGACGCCGUCUCCCUCGAGGACCUCGCGCAGGAGCAGUACGUCGCCUUCGUCACCUCCGUCGCGGGCCAGGGCGAGUUCCCCCAGAACGGCCGCGCCCUCGUCAAGGCGCUCAACGCCGCCGCGGCCCGCGGCGAGACGCCCCUGUCCGACGUGAAGGUCGGCGUGUUUGGGCUGGGCGACAGCCACUACUGGCCGCGCCCCGAGGACGCGCACUACUACAACAAGGCGGGCAGGGACCUCGAUGCGCGCCUGGAGUCGCUCGGCGCGCAGCGCGUCGUGGCGCUUGGACUGGGAGACGACCAGGACGCGGACGGCCCCGAGACUGGGUACAAGGCCUGGGAGCCCCUCGUGUGGAAGGCACUCGGCGUCGACGCUGUGGAGGUGCAGGAGGCAGAGCCGGAGCCGAUCACCAACGAGCAUAUCAAGGUCGCGUCGCAGUACCUCCGGGGCACCAUCGCGGAAGGUCUGGUUGAUACAACGACCGGUGCGCUCGCGCCCAGCGACACGCAGCUGACCAAGUUCCACGGGAUCUACCAGCAGGACGACCGCGACAUCCGCGACGAACGCGUCGCGCAGGGCGUCGAGCCCGCGUACAGCUUCAUGAUCCGUGUCCGGAUGCCCGGCGGUGUGUGCCGCCCGGACCAGUGGCUCCAGAUGGACCAGAUCGCGGACGAGCACGGGUGCGGGACGUACAAGAUCACGACGCGCCAGACGUUCCAGUUCCACGGCGUGAUCAAGCGCCACUUGAAGUCGGCGAUCCAGGACAUCAACAGGGUGCUGUUGGAUACGCUCGCUGCGUGCGGCGACGUUAACAGGAAUGUGCUCGUCUCGGCCAUCCCGUCGUUGUCGAAGCUGCACCACCAGGCCUUCGAGUUCGCCAAGCGCGUCAGCGAACACCUCCUUCCUCGCACGACCGCGUACCACGAGAUUUGGUUGGACAAGAAGCUGGUUGCCGGCGACGCCCUGAAGGACGCGGAGCCCCUCUACGGCGAGUUCUACCUGCCGCGUAAAUUCAAGGUAGCAGUGGCAGUCCCGCCGACGAAUGAUGUCGACCUCUUCGCCAACGACGUCGGCUUCAUUGCUAUCGUCGGUAAGGAUGGCAACCUGGUCGGCUUCAACGUCACUGCCGGAGGUGGGAUGGGUGUUACGCACGGUAACAAGAAGACAUACCCGCGUUUGGGCAGCGUCCUUGGUUUCUGCACGGUUGAGCAGGGAGUCGAAGUCGCAGAGAAGAUUAUGCUUGUGCAAAGGGACAACGGGAACCGUGAGGACCGGAAGAACGCACGGCUCAAGUACACCAUCGACCGCAUGGGCCUCGAGAACUUCAAGGCCGAGGUCGAGCGCCUUCUCGGGUACCAUCUCGCCCCCGCCCAACCGUUCACGUUCGACCGCAACGUCGACGACUACGGCUGGCACACGGGCGAGGACGGCAAGCACCACUUCACGUGCUUCAUCGAGAACGGCCGCAUCCAGGACGAGCCGGGCAAGGACUUCAAGACUUGCCUCCGUGAGAUCGCAAAGAUCCAUAAGGGCACGUUCCGCAUGACUGCGAACCAGCACGUCAUCAUUGCGGACAUCGCGACGGAGGAUCUGCCCCAGAUCAAGGCGCUGUUGGCGCAAUACAAGCUGGACACCCUCUCACACACGGGUUUGAGGUUGUCUUCGUCUGCGUGUGUUGCGUUCCCGACGUGCGGCCUUGCGAUGGCAGAGUCCGAACGGUACCUCCCCAUUCUCAUCGACAAGGUCGAGAAGAUCUGCGAGGAGAACGGCCUGCGCAAUGACUCUAUCGUCAUGCGUAUGACUGGAUGCCCUAACGGUUGCGCACGACCGUAUAUCGCAGAAAUCGCAUUCGUCGGCAAGGCACCUGGCACGUAUUCGAUGUUGCUCGGCGGCGGAUACCAUGGCCAGCGUCUCAACAAGAUCUACCGAGAAACCGUCACCGAGCCUGAGAUCCUUGCCAUUCUCACACCGAUGAUCAAGCAAUACGCCCUCGAGCGCCAGGAAGGAGAACACUUUGGCGACUUCGUCAUCAGGGCUGGCUACAUCGCACCAACGACCGAGGGUAGGGCCUGGUACGACCGCAUGGGCGGCGAAGGCCAGCAUCGGGAGGGCGCGACAGCCGCAUAAAAGAAUCAUGCAUUCAACGAUUUACCUUACAGUAGAGCGAUCGCGCACAAUCUAGCAGCAGUUAUGUGUAUCCAUAUUCGUACCAUUCACAGUAGGUGUUGUCGGGUUCUAGAGUCUUCACGUACAAGCAAUGUAUUCAUACCAAUAAUGCCAUUGUUACUCGGAUAUCUACUCCAC